AUGUCGGGCUUGCCCAAACUCCGAGCAGGUGCCGAGGAUGGUAUCGAAUGUUGCCGCGUGCAUCGAACCUUUGUGGAAGGAGUUGUGCUCACACCCUGCCCACCUCGUUCGCGAUCUUGGCCAGAUUUCUCUCAGUCCGUGGUUGAGCUUCUGAGCACUGACGCUGAGCCUGAGAUGAUCCCGAAGUCCGAAAAGCGCGUCAGUCCUGAACACGUCCAGCCAGCCUGGGACGAUUGCCUGGGCUUGUCGCCUGGGCACCACUUGUGGGCCGGUGUCACCAACCUCAUGAUUUGCAGCCUUCCAGCCAG